AGUCAGCCAUUUUAUUUCAUCCCUUCGUCUACUCAUCGUUUUAAUUUUAUAUUUAAAAUGUUGAUGAUUUAAAAUUAGGUUUUCGGAAGGAAAACGUGCGAUAACAUCUGCAGAAAACACGAUCAACUUUCUUGGUUUGGGAAGGUAGGUGUGUUGUUCUUGUUUGAGGAAAUACCGCUGUCACUGUCAGCUCUGACAUCCACAUGCGUUCAAGGUCCGUGCAUGCACAUUAUUUUGAAGAAUUGCUUGCUGUUCUCUGUUGAUAUUUCAUAGCUUAUAGAUCAGACUAGUUCAACUGAAAAUGAAUGCUUUGUUAACAAAAAGUAUGCACGGAGUAAUAUAGCGAGUGCUUUUGCAAGAAUAGAUCUAAUCUUAUUAAAAUACACGAUACUUAUGGUAAGGACACACAAAAAUAAUAGAAGUUUAGUGCACUUGUUAAGUGCUAGAUCUCCCUUGCCAUACCUUAGGGAGCUAACUGGUCUACAAGAUAUUUAUUUCAAUGAUGUUUCCAAUGCAUAAUGAGGGAAAUUCAGCACUUCACAAAUAAGAGUUUCAAUGUCUAAUAACUGCAAUUUGACCUAUGUGUCUUGUAUGUUUUGUUUCCCAAUGAAUGUUCCGAGGGAAUUUUCCCCUGGUAUCUUUUCAUAAUUUAAGUGUACAAGUGCACAUGAAUAAGAUGAAAUUUGAAAGAAACAAAUCACUAGAGUAUUAUCACAUGAUCUGUAUAGGGAAAACAAAUCUAAGAGGUCUAUUGUAUUUUGCCAAAAGUUUUUACCGCUGGAAGCUAGCCUAGUUGAACCCCUUUAAUGUGGAAACGUUUUAUGGAUGAUCCCGUAGUAUCCAUAUUAAGUGGAUGAUGUUGUUUAAGCAUGGCUCGUACCAUCUUGGGAAAGGUCUUGAAUUUUAGUAGUUGAAGUCCUUGAAUUCGGUUAAGGUCCUUGAAAAGUACUUGGUUUCUUUAUUAGGUCUUGAAAUUCAGUCCGUUGUCUUUCCUUCCUUGUCUUGCCUUCCAUUGUAAGACCUUGUAACACGACACCUCACACAUGUUGUUAUAUUUAUAAGCGCCUAUUGCAUGCUAAAUUCAACCUGGGCGUCCUGUGAUUUGGCUUGCUUGGGAAAAUGGAUGUAUUUAUUACUUAAAUGUAAUUUCCUUUGUAGGUAAGGAGAAUUGUAGAACAUUGGUUUGGUUGACUUUUGUAGCAGCAAAUGGGAAGAGAUAGCAAGUAAGUUGAAAUCUAUGGAAUUUAGUAAUUGAAAAGCAACUCUUUUUUCCCCAGUAAUAAUAUUACCAAUUAUAGCUAUUGCUAAGUGCCAACAAGCAAAGAUUUUACAUAUAUGCACGUGCUGUUGAAUUUGUUUAAAAAUGUCGUGAAACACAGUUGAUGAAAAAUAGAUUGAACUUACUUUGAUUGCAUUGAAAAUAGUGCAAACUUAAAGCAAGGGGCACACAUACACCGACCAACAGCCAGGCUUGUACCUCAUGCACGCACACAGCCAUAUUGCGAGGGCAGUGGCAGCCACAGACAACUGUUUCACCCUUAUUGGGGACCACCAGCGUGGUAAGGCGGUUGAGUUAAUGAACAGGGAAAACUCGCGUCUCAAAAACCCCUUACUGCCGAGGUGAGUGCAAAGCAAUCUAUCAAGUGCAAGCUCCACACAACACAUGUGGGAGCUGUUGGCUGGGAACCACACAGCAGUUCUACCACAACAUGCACAGAGAAGGUGGAUCGCGAGUUACCAGUAAAGUAAAGCAAGGGGCACACAUACACCAACCCACAGACUUGCUAUUACCUCUUGCAUGUGCACAGCCAUAUCACGUGGGCAGUGGCAUCCUUGGACAGCUGUUUCACCCUUACUGGGGUUCAUCAUCAUGGCAUAGCCGUCGGUCAGUGACUGGGGGAAACCCGUGUAUAAAAGACACUUUCCUGCUGAGGCGAGUCCGUUAAGUGCCAGCUCCACACUACACAUGUGGGAGCUGUUGGCUGGGAACCGCAUGGCAGUUCUCACAUGACAUGUGCUGGGAAGGAAGAUCAUGGGUUUGGUGUAUGUGUGCCCCUUGCUUUAAUUUUUCUGUCGAAAAUAGUGAACGAAACUGUUCUACUGCAUAAAGAAUUUGAAAUCCUGACUUUAUGCAGCAAAUUUUUCGAGAUAUUGAAGUUUGAAGAUUGAUUUUUUAUUUUUAAAUUGUUAUUUUUACUAAUUUUCAUUUUGCAUAAAACUUUUGGAAUAUGUCUUAUUUUAGGAUUUUGUUGAGUUAAAAUCCAGAUGAAAAUUUCUUUCCCUGGAUUGAUAUUUGUGCAAUACAAAUCAAUAAAUAUUAUUAUAUUAUAUAUUAUUAUUUGUGUUUUUGCCCGAAGUUGCGCACAAGUCAUUUUGCAUAAAAUUUAGUGGUCUUAUAAGCAAAGUUAAAAUCCAAGAAAAAUCACAUUAAAGUCUGCAAAUAUUUAAUGUACAAAGACACAAAAAAUUUUGCUGCGUUAUUUUUCUUAGUGGCAUGCAAUAAAAAAGUCCAGUGGGCAGAUGCGACAGAUAUUGCGUAAGAGUGAAAUCAUCCACCCGACGAUUGGUUGAAGACGGGAUGAGCACAGGACUCGCAAACACGCACACGGCUCGUGGAUUCUCUGAUCUGUAUCACGUGUUUGUUCGAAAACAAUGCAUUCCCUGUUCUGCAUUACGUCAUGGUUGCCUGACAUCACUCUAUGUUACAUCGAUUCGAGAUUUUUUCUGCCCCUGGAACAAUCGUGCAUGGCUCUAUAAGGCUGCCGCGGAGACGCGAGGCUGUUUAUUGGCAAUUAGAAAGUCAAUAUGACCAUCUAGCGGUAUUUCAGACAGAUUCAGAUGUAGAGUUAUUUAAGAACUACAUUCUUUUAAUAAAAGAAACUUUGAUGGAGAUGUGAUGGUGAAUUUUUGGGCAUUAUUUUUCAGUCAAUGACACAGACGCAAAAUAAUAAACAUUAAACAGUAGAUGCAACUGAAUUUUUUAUUUGUCUAUAAUAAUAAUAAUAGUAAUAAUAAGAUAACAAUGUAAUUAUUAUGCUGUUAUCUUCUAUCAGGCGAAAGAAGAGGUCUCGUUCCAGAUCAAACAGUAGAGAGAGAAGUCGGAGAUCACGCAGUCGAGAAAGAAAUAAGGAACGCAAGAGAUCUCGCAGUAGAAGUGUUGAAAAGGGAAAAGACAAAACUAGCAAGAGACCAAGAGAAAAAGAAAAAGAAAAGGAGAGAAAGAGAAAAAGAUCAGCAAGUGGCUCCCCGGCAAGUAGAGCAUCAACGAGCAGAAGUCGUAGUCGAAGCCCUGCUCCCAGAAAAAAGGAGAAAGACAGUCAACGAAAGCGAAAAUCUCGCAGCAGAAGCCAUGAAAAGAGAAAGAAGGAAAGGCCUCGUAGUAGGGAGAGAGAAAGAGAUAAGGAAAGAGAUAGAAAGAGACGCUCAAGAAGUCGCAAUCGUUCAACUUCUUCUGGUUCACGAUCAAAGAGUAGAAGUCCGGACCAAAAAAAGUCUAAGUCAAGGUACAGUACUAUUCAAAAGUAAGUCGAAAGUCUGUUAUGAGUCUCAACUUGACUUGAAUUUGAUUCUCAGUUCCUGUGCAAAUCAAGAAUUGAGAACAAGUUUUCGAGGACUGAGUUGAGAAUCAAGUCUCGCGAGACAGGAAACAAUAAAUUCAUCAACGACUGAUUUCUGGAUUUCUUUUCACAUUGACAAGUGAUACAUCAUAACACAAAACGUAACAUUCGUGUCUUACUCAGGAAUGGAAUGUUCUUGCUUGUUAUCAUUGAAUUUCUUUGAUUUAGUCUUUUUCUUUUCCAUGACAGUCGAGACAAAAGAAAACGAGAUGAUAAGGACAGCUCGGAUAGAAGCAAGGACACCAAAAAAUCCACAGAGGUAAAUGAAUUUUUGCACUAUUUUCUUUGGUGUUUUAUCCAAAGUGUGAUAUGUAGGCCAUAUUUGACCUUAACAAUCUUGGGCCAUUCAGUUUUUGAAUUCAAUGGCCAAUAAACAUCACCUGGUACAAAGCCUGACCCCACAUCACUUCCAGAUUAUUGGAUAGUGGAUAUUCCAGAUUAUUGGAUAGUGUUUUUUCUGCACUCUGAUUGGCUACUCAAAGUUGGGAUAUUCAGUGUUAUUCACUGAUUCACCUCCAGCUCUUCUGAGCAAGGGAUGCCAAACUGGUGUAAGUUAUGAGCAAAAUGGUUUCCCGGUUUGCUGCCGUAACAAACAAAGAAAUUUUAAUCGCAAAAAAUCAAACGUGCUGUUCCCGAAAUAUACAAAGAAGGUGAUGAAAUUAGGUUUGGAAGCUUUAAGAGGUAGAUCUUUGUCUGUUUGACUUGAAUUUAUCAGUGAAACCGGUGAAAAAGUUUUUUGUUUACGAAUGCAAAUUAAGUCUUGCAUUAAUUUACGGAAUGGUUUCAAUUACAAAAAGAAUUCAUAGCUCCUUUUGAAGAAAUUUCCCGACAACAGCUAGACAAAUGCCUUUAAAAGUUUCAUCUGUCAGCAAGAAAACACGACGGCUGUUCAGUCAUUUGCUCGAGCCAAAUUAUAAUCGUUGGCAGUAGUAAAUGAGUUCAAAACCAUUUUUGUGCUCAAUUAUCUCUUAUACUAAAACAAUAAUUUUCACCUCAGUGUUGGUGGCUAGUGGUGGGUAAAUAUCCACCGCUGGCCACCUCUUAUCGGUUAACCCUUCAAACCCUGAGAGUGAUCAGUAUGAAAUUUCUCCUUGAAAUAUCAAUGCUUUAUAAAACAGAGUGGGUAUGAGACUUGAGAGCAUGAUCACAGAAGAUGAAUCUAUUUAACCCAUUCGCCCCUGAACCGCCCGUAACCGCCCGUGUGGAUCCAGGUACUUUCUAUCCUUUGUGACGUCAUCAGUUUUAACGGUCAAGGACAACUUUCUUCGCUAACUUGUGCAGAGUGAAGAAAUCUUUCAAAUCAUACCAGAAUGAGCACAAUUCAGUCAAGGACACCGGAGAAACAAGCAAAACCCGUUUUGACCUGAAAAUUCCAUGAAAAUCUUGCUCCAUUACCCAACCUUUCCUUUAAAAAUCCUAAUCCUGUCAGCAAGAAAAAACUCUUGCCACCAAAAUGUUCAGUCUAAAUGCCCAGCAAAAAAAAAAAAUGAGGCAAGAAAAGUAAAAAAUAAGAGUUCAAAACCAUUUUUGUGUAAAAUUAGACUGCUUAUUUUAAAACCAAAAACUUUUCAAAUUUUGCUUUGUUGGUGGCUAGUGGUGGAUAUUUUGCAUCUGGAUCAGAAGGCCUUAAAGUUAACCUGUAAAACCCUUUGUGGUCAGUAUUAAAUUUCUCUUUAAAUAUCAAUGCAAAGACCAUAAAACAGACUAGGUAUGAAACUUUUUUGCAUGAUCUCCAAGAUGAAUCUAUUUAAUACUUCAACAAAUUCUCCGUUUUUCCUCUACUGAAAGCAUAUUGGGGACAACAAAAAGGGGGUUUAAAGGGUUAACUUGCAUGAACUUUUUCUCACCUUGUACAUGUAUUUCACUUGUUUCUUGCCAUAUAAGUAGUAAAAUGCUCAAAAUACAUCCUCUUUCAUUUUUUAAUUGCUUCCUUUUCAAUAAUAGCCUAUUGACAAGUGGUCCUUAUUAAAUUGGCAACAGCCUAAUUUUGACUGGUCUUGAACUAGUGGAUUACUUCUAACUGCUUAUGAUUGAGCACUGGUAUUGUACAGUGUAGUUGUGAUUGUUUAUGAUGCAUCUUGGUAACAGCUGUCUAAAAAAUAAUUUUUUCCAGUCAAAGAAAGAUACCACAAGCUCAAGUGUAGAGGAAAAAAGCGCUGAAGAUGACAAGGUACCCAUACAAUCAUAAUAAAAACCCAAAUCAGUUGGGCAAAAUUUCCCUAAAUGAGAAAUCCCAACUGUCGGCUGUCAGCACAUGCAUUUUGUUAGGUAUACAUGUAUUUGGUGACAGGGAAUCCUCAGUUAGAAACUUGAGGCUAUAGGGUCUGGGCUAUAAUACCCAAAUUGGACUAAAUUGAUAUAAUACACACCAAGGAAAGAUAAACAAUGUUAAAAAUGUUCUGUUAAUGUGUUAUUAUAUGCACAUGAGGUUUUUUUUUCAAGUUGUGCAAAUACAGUAGUUGGUUGCCUAAUGCCCCCAGGCCCAUUUCUUGAAUGUUCUGUUAGCCUUACAAAUAAUGUACAGGCCUAAGAUUGGUUUUAAAAUCAAAAUUUUUUAAUCAUGGCUAUGCUGGCUCUAACUCCCUUAACCAGUUUAUUUUGUUUUGUUUGCUAAUUAUUAUUCCGAUACAUUAUUUUUAGAACUAUUUACAAUGUCAAUUCAAAUGCCAUGGCUGUUAUUAAGAGGCGGGGGCUGGGGAUUUCCCCAGGGUACUAAGAACGUGGCCCUUGGCUACUUUCAUGGGAAAAUAGAGGAAAAAUAGAACCAAAAGAAAUCCCCAACUGUUUCAUUCCGUGCCUACUUGUAUUUAUUUACCUGGCAACUUGAAGUCUUGAUGAUAGCCCUAAAAUGCAUCAAACAUGAAACAGCUUUCUGGUGCUGUUGCAGUUAAAUUACAGGCACUUUCAAGAAACAGAGCCCUGGGCACUGUUAAAUCUAGAAUAUUGUAGCCCUCAGCUGAACCCUGUGUGUGUGUCUAACAAAGUCAUAACUUAUUAUUCAUUUUUGGACUGCAUUAGUUCAAUGUUGUGAUACUGAUUGUAUGUUAGGAUGCAGAGCAGAAAAGACUUGAUGAGGAGAUGCAGAAGAGAAGAGAAAGGUACCAUUGUUAUUUUAAAAAGAAUACCUUCUACCUCUUCAAGAGUGUAAGCUCAUGUGGUGUAGUGAGCUAGCUCUAUCCCUGUCAUGUAAGCAAACACAGGUUUGAUUUACUGCUAAAUCAAACAACAUGUCAACAUGUAGUUUUUUUUUUCCUGCUUUUUUCCUCUUCACUCUAUCCCUCUUUACUCCUACUGUUGGCCCUUUUCCUUGACCUUGCAAGGUUUGGUUAGAAAUUUCUUGUAUUUUUUUUUUUGAUGAGGACAGGACAGGUGCCAGUGAUAUCGAUGCCAAAGCCAGACCCUUCCCAGCACUCCGUGCUAUAUUUUUUUGGCUGCCAUGUUGAGUACACUAUAGAACAAAAAUUUUAAUUUUGGUGACUAAAAUUGUCGCAAAGUUGUUAAUAUGUUUUCAUUUUUAGAGUUUAUGGUCUUUAUGUAAUGGUGAAAGAAACAUUUGCAUGAAAAUAUAUAUUAUUUAAACUCCAUUUUCUUCCAUCUUUUUUCCCCUGGAUCUGAUUAUUAAGUCUUAAGAUGUAACAUGCACCUCCAAAUUGCUAGUUGGGCAGCCAUUUUUAUUACUUCAAACAUUUUGCGUAAUAUUGCUCAAAAUGUCCUUUUUUGUGUCAACUUACAUUUGGCCAUCGCAUUUAUAAAUAGAGUGGGCAUUUCUUUUACAUGUAACAAACUGUUGUUUUUGAUGUUCUAUGAUACUUACCAGUACAUUUUGUUCAUGCCAAUGAAAUUAUCAGGAUAGAGGCAUGGAGAGCCCAGAGAAAGAAAGAACAAGAAGACAAAGAACAAACUGAAGCUGCAAGCGAAGAACAGCAAAAGAAGAAAAAAGCGUGGAGUUUGGAGGAUGACGAUGAUGAUGAUGAGGAGGAGGAAGAAGAGGAAGAAGUGCAAGUUAAGGAAGAGGAACAGGUCUGAUUAAUCUUAAAUCGAAUUUUGCAUAUCAUUCUGUAAUUCUACUUACAAAAGCAUUGCUUUGAUUUGGGACCUUUCAUAAGCUGAGUUGCCUUGUAGUUAUUUAUUUAUUGUUAGGUAAUUUCUUGGUUUGUGUUCUUGCUUGGCUGCUUCUUAUUUGUAUGUUGGAUUAUUUUAAUUUGUUGGCAGACCGAUCCUUUAUUUCAGGAUGUCCAUCCUACACCUGUAUUAAAAUUUAUUUAUCAUUGUCAUUUAUAUUAAAGGUAAAUGAAAAAUUACAUGUAUUUCUUUAUUACCAAUACAGGAGGCUGAGGAUGAACCAAAAACUAAAAAAAUAAACAGUAAGUGGUGAAACUUUUCAACUGUUAGGCCAUCCCCCCUUUUCUUCUCCGUUUAGCGUCAUGCGAGCAACCCAAAUUUUUGGCAUUUUCAAAAAAAAAAGAACCAAACGAUGUAGGUAAACCUAAUCUGAUAUAUGAGCAUUGUAACAGCAUUUCCAGGUGUAAAGUUUUGGUGGUGUAUCCUUUUGCAGUCGAUGUCAUAGUAAAAACUUUUACUAUGACAUCAUCGACCACCCUAUUUUCUGCCAUAACGAGUUUGUGUCAAUUUGGUGACCAUAUCUUGUUGUUUCCAGGCUCCAAGACAAUGAUGUUUGCCGUUUUCAUUGCCCUUUUCUUAUGUUCACUUAAGAGUUAAAUAGUGCUGUCAACAACAACAACAACUAUCAUAUUACACUGUAUGACAAAAAACCCCAUUGAAGUCAUUAAUUUUGAUGAUGUCUUUUAUCUAAAAGUAUCCUAAAAUUAUUAUGGUAGUUAAGUUCACGCCUUUAUAUAAUUAUUUUUAUUUAUUCUAAUCUCUAAUGUCUUAAUUCUAAUAAUCUCUUGUGAUGAAUGUGUUGCAGAUAAAAAAGGCCAGACUAGUGUUUCUAAUGGUAAAGUAAAGGAGGAACCGGUAAGUCUUAAUUUGCAACACCAAACAUUUUUUCCCGCUCCACAGUUUCGACACUAAGCAGGGCUGCAAAUAAUUCAUAAUUGUUUUUCUUAAAAAGGCAUAAGUCCCUGCACGUCGUCAUUUUGAUUGAACAACAAAAAAACGUGGUCAGACAUUGUUACAGUUGUACAAUAAUGUUAAACUUUUUCAUUAGAGUGGAACCCAGUUAAGACAGCCACCAAAGGGACAUAUUUUUAACAUUUUUAAAACAGUAUUUUUAGAAGGGACCUGGUUUGUUUCUUUGUUUGUUGGUUUUCUUCACUGCGCAGUUCUUAUAUAUGAUUUUCAUAUAUUCAUAACUUCAUCAUCAUCCUUUCACGGGUUUAUAACGAACCAAUAAAUUAAACGACCUGCUCCCAGUUGGCUUGUUAGCUCAAUUGGUAGAGCACUGCACCGGUAUCACAGAGGUCAGGGGUUUGAAUCCUGUACAAGCCUGAAUUUUUUUCAGGCUUUCUUUUUGCAACUGUAAAUUGUGUCUAUAACUUUGAUCAUCUUCUUUCAGAUAAUUCUUCACCCCACAGUUCUCAUAUAUGAUUAUUUAUAUUUUCAUAAUUUGGUUUUUUAAUAUUUGAAAAAAUAUAUUAUAUAUGUGGAAUCUGUUUACUUUUCCUGCUCACUGUAGGAUGUAAAAGGAAUUUUUAAAUGUCAUUUUUGGCCGACGCACCACUGGCUAUGAAAUUAUGUCAGAUCAGCCAGGACCUGUAUGUUUUUUAUAAGACCCUUGUGAUCAAGUUUUUAAAAGGGACUCACACUUGGGUAAUGCAUCUUUGUUGAGACUGAUGAUGUUGACAAAUUUGUUUAGCAGGAAGAUGAUGAUGUUGAUCCAUUAGAUGCCUUUAUGGCUGAUGUUAACAAAGAGGUGAAUAUUUCAUAAUAAUAUGGUAGUCUAUUAAUACCUGCACUACUGUAUUCCUCCCUCGUCAAAAUAUGUCUUCUCUUUGGUUUCUCUUAAAAAAAACUGAGGAAAUUUACAGGCUGUGGUACCAAGCUUUCCUAACUUUGUAGCUUUUUUUUUCUUUGCAGGUUUAACUUGUAAAAUAACUUGUAAAACUAGUUGUAAAACCAAAUUCAUGACUUGUAAAACCAGUUUAGGAAUUUUCAUUGUACAUGCAAACUUUUUAGUAUACAUUUCCUAGCAUCAUUUUAUAUAUGUUGCAGGUAAAAUCCGUAUUUAGGUAUAGCCAAAACUUGUUUUUUUCUCCUGUCAAUAAUAAGGGCUAGGAAACAGAGAAAACUGUGUAUCAAACUUGGUUGAAUAGUGGGUUAACCUGAGAACAGAUUUUACUUAUAGCUACUCGAUAAACAGGCUGUAUAUCUAAACUGUAGUUCUAGGUUGUGUAUCCCGCUACCAGCAAGUCUGGACUGAAGUUUCAUGCAUGUUACAAAAUUACUAUUUUUAUUGCUGUAAUAUAUAACAUUAAUUCAAACUGGAAAUAAAUAUUUAAAUAAAUUUGGAUUGAAAUCAAGGCCAUUUUUUGUUCUUCAACAGGUGAAGAAAAUCAAUGCUGUAGAUCAGAAGAAAGUUGGUAAAGCUGGGAAGACAACUGUGAUAACCCAUGUAGUCACCAAGAAGAAGAAGAGGGUAGGUCAAUUAACAGAGUAAGACAAAAAUUUUCCUAUCCACUUGUGCUUUGGACAAGCACUAUAUUAAAUUUGGUUGACCGAAACCCAAGAGUUCUUGUCCAAAAAGUUUACCUUGAAACUGAAAACUAAAAAACAAUCAGGCAUUUAAUGUUUACAUUAUUACCCUUGUAAAUUGUUUUUGACUUAAACCUAAAAUGGAGCUCGUAAAAACUAGUGAAAUGGCUGCGGAAUGGUAAAGUUAAAAGGAAUAUUUAACCUUAAUUUGUCAAGUAUGAGGUUCGCUUUUCUGACUUUUGAGAUGAAUUUCAGUUCAACUGUAGUUUGAAAAUUUUCAACUGUUUCUUUAUUUUUUCUGGUUAAAAAAUGUGGUUGUCCCACAGAUAAGUCAUGUCAAAGGUUUACAUUGCGGAACUAAAUUUCUACCUGUCCCAGACAAAAAAGACACUCAAGACAUUUUUAUUUCAGAAAGCUUUUUUGUAACUUUAUGUGCUUUUUAAUCUCGUUUUUAGUAGGUUUUACGCAGUUUUUUAACGAUUUAAGUAGUCUACGUAAUUUUUAUAGUUUCAGUGUUGACAUUGUUUGAACUCUUUUUGAUAGGUUCAUGCACUUUGUAUAUUUUAUGCAGUCUGAGUAACUUUUUUUUGUUGAAAUAUUUUUAUUUUUAAGUGCUGAUGAAAAUAGCAGGGCUUCUGAUAUUUCGCGGAAAAAAAAGCAAAAUUUCGCGGGAUUUUCAGGGGCAAAUUCGCGGAAAAAUCGGCCGAUUUCGCGGGAAAAAAGUCAAAAUUCGCGGAACAAUCGGCCGAUUUCAGGCGAUUUUCGCGGGAGAAAAGUCAAAAUUCGCAGGAAAAUCGGCCCAUUUCGAGGGACUUUAGCAGAAAAGAGUCAAUUUUUGAGGGAUUUUCAGGGGCAAAUAAUUUCCUAAGAAUUUCUUAGGAAAAUCGGCCGAUUUCACGAGAAAUUUCGGGGGGAAACUUCGCCAAGAAACAAUAAGUAAAAAACAGCCGAUUUCGCUGGGUUUUUUUGGCAAAUUUCGCUAAAAUCGAUCAAUUUUGCGUCGAUAUGACCAGCGUUGGUGAACUUUUUUUUUAACACGGAUAAUCAUUUGCUCUUUCAACAACAGUUCGCUCGAGAAAUAAGCGCAUGUUAAAGCCAUCAACAUUAUGGUUACUGCCCAGUUUUUCGCAACGUUCAUCUAAAAACGCCUGGUAGUUUUGGGACGUUGUUUACUCGUUUCAGUGAUGAAGUCUCAAGCUAAAUUUGGACGUUUGGGGUGAAUAAAACCGGUCUAAUAGCCAAGAUAAGUAUUAAAUAUGUUUUGCCGACAUGUAUUUGGAAAUAUUUCUGGCGGAUUUCGCGGUAUUUCGCGUUUUCUGGGGAAUUUCGCGGGAUUUCGCGGAAAUACCUGAAUUUCGCGGGUCCGCGACCGCGCGAAAUAUCAGAAGCCCUGAUAAUAGCAAUAUUGAUAUCGGCACUAUAUAAGUUUUAUUAUUAUUAUUAUUAUUACAAUAAAAAAAAAAAGUUUUGGCACACCCUGAUUAAGAUGUUUGUGAUGGAGAUUAGCUUUAGUUUAUGACUUUGAAAGGGCAUUCUGUUGAUUGUACAACAUUCCUGGGGGAAAAUCAUCAGAAAUGAAUAUAUAUGUAAUUAACUCCUCAAGUCCCAAAAGUUUUCAGCAUCAAUUUCUCAUAACAAUACAUAAUCAACAGAAAAAAAACUUUGAGAUGUAAUAUAAUGAUCACCUAAGGGAAAAUGCUUCCUUUUUACGUUUCUGAACAAGUUUGGGAAAAUCUGUCUACACCACUGAAAGAGCGUCUUUAAAUUAGUAAAAUUGCCAAGUUUGAGAGUGAUUUGUGAAAAACUUACGAAGGUAUAGUUCCUCAAAGUCGCGACAUUUCACAGACGUUUGUAUGGUGGGCGGCACAAACUUGCCUUCCCCCCCGCCACCAUGCAAAUGUCUGUAAAUUUUGGCAACUUUGCGGAGCGAUAUUUUCGGUUGUCUAAGAUGUUUCACUGUCAAACAUGACCAUGAACUGAAGAAUAAUAUCAAUUUGAUGAACUGUUUGGUUGUUUAGGAUCCCACCAAAGGUGAGCUGAUGGAAAAUGAUCAGGAUGCUAUGGAGGUCAGUACAUAAAAGAUCUUUGUGUUAUAGAAAAGUGUGCUGCGAUAUCUUGAUGCUGUUACAGUGAUAGAAAAAUAAGCUAUUUGUGUUAAGUUCCCCUGCCCCACCCUAGGUCUGGACAUAUUGAGAUUAAUGCUAUGGUUGUGCUUUGUAGCCGAGUUCUUAGGCAGAUUUGCAAAAACAUUGUGAUCACAGUGAUGCAUGAAGAUCUAAAACCUGAACUGACAAAUGGCAGAGCAUUCAGUCCUUCCUAUGUACUUUUGUGUUUUCUCUGACAUUGCGUUGCAUUCAUAUGUCUUUUCCCUCAAUUGUUGAGUAAUUAGACCUGUCGAGGUAGAACUUACUGAUCCUCUCUUGGGCAGAUGUUUUUAUCUGACAGUUUAACCUGUUCUUGAAUUUUGGAACACAGCUUGAAAUGUUUAAAAGUUAUUUUGCAUUCUGUAGUAUUCAUCUGAGGAAGAAGUAGAAGAGGAGACUAUAGAAUCAACUUAUGCAAACUUCAAAACCAAGAAGAAGAAGGUAGGAAAAUGAAAGCGUCUUAUGUUAUAAAGCAUUACAGGUUUGCGGCAUUGUACAGAGCUGUCAAUAAGAGAUGGGAGCUUAAGCUUUCCCCUGGCUACCACGAGCUUGGCCCCUGGCUACUUUCAUAGAAAACAAAAGGAAGAAAGAACCAUCUUUUCUUCAAUAAACGUAAACAGCUGUAGCCCAUAGUUCGAGGAGGCUUAUCCUCUCAUACUUAUCUUAUAUCAUUUGUAAUUUCUGUUGUGGCAAGGAUAGAAAACAAAACAAAACAAACAAAGAGAAGUUCCAAGCUGCUUAAUUCCCCACCUGCUGAUUGCAAAUAUCCAGCAACAGUAACAGCCCUGUUUGUAUGCCCAUCAUCUAAUCUAAUGUUUCUAGCUUUAUAUCCUCUUCAGUAAAGGAUUGUGUUUCCCUUUGCUCCAAACGAUCCACCAUCUUUCACUAAGAAGUUUGAAAAGAGUUUUAUGGGUCCUACUUUUGGUUCCUAGAGUGGUAGCUGUAGCACUAGGAAUGAAAUUAUUUUCCAUUUGCUUUCACAUCCAAUUGCCCCCACCCCCACCCGAAAAAGGCGUCACUGACCAUGUUUGUCACAGGUACAGGAAAAAGGGUUUUAAAUAUUUUUUUUUUCAUGACGUUAGGAUCUCCAAGCAGUGAACCACAACAAAGUGUACUACUCAAGCUUUAGGAAGAAUUUUUAUGUGGAGGUUCCUGAACUUGCAAAAAUGACUCCUGAAGGUAAGAAUUGGUUCCUCAGUGCACAGCUCAUUUUAAAAUAAAUGACGUUACUUUAUUUAUCCUCGGUAGUAUUCACGGCUAAAAAAAGCUAGUGGGGCGAGCAAAAUUGGUAAUGACAUGACAGUGACACAGCUAGCCCAUUUAACUUCAAGAAUAUUAAAGUGACAUUUUCAUUUCGUUACCCAGAGGACAGCCAACUCGGAGAUGUUAUAUAACCUGUCUCUUAACUUUUGGAUUUGCAGAGGUGGACGAAUACCGUAAGAAACUUGAGAACAUUCGAGUUCGUGGAAAAGACUGUCCAAAACCUGUGAAAACCUGGGCACAGACUGGAGUUAGCUUAAAAAUCCUUGAGGUCCUUAAAAAGUAAGUAAAUUGCAUUGAGCCAGCUUGCUAUUUUAAAUAAUAGCAUUAUUAUCAACGCACUUUUUGUGCUUAUCCUGUUAGAUACACAGUGGUUCAUCUCUCACACUAUUUUUCUUCAACUGGUUUCUUAUAAACUAAAUUCCUAAAGAUCAACUGACAUGAGAAUUUUUUCUUUUUACUUUAAGUUUUUAUUUAGGUCCUCCACUUGCUGUUGCAUAUUGCACUGAUACUGAAGACAAAACAAAAAGUUAAACCCAGCGUAAUGCACUAUUGUACCCAAUUUUGACACAAUGGGAGUUGUUUGUCCACAAAAUGUUAGAGACAGAUUAUUCCUAACUUUCUCUUCAGUCAAUAAAUGUUAUUUUAACUUUUAAUUUUGUACCGUUGUCUAUAUCCUUUGGAGCUAACAUUCAAAACGUUUCUAGAAUUAAUUCUACACGGUGUCAUGUCUUUCAAUUCUUUAAUGAAUGAAAGUUGAGAUUUUUUGGGAGGUUAAUGGACCUACUUCACUCUUUUAAUAAAGGAACCAAUACGAGAAACCAACACCGAUUCAGGGUCAGGCCAUUCCAGCCAUCAUGAGUGGAAGAGAUAUGAUAGGUAAGAUAAGUUCAUUUCUUACGGCCGUGUCGUCCUUACUGUUUGAGAAGAUGUCUCCUAAGAGCGGGUUUUUAAUUGAGCAUCGCCAAUUCCCCCCAGUUAGAAAGGAGAAUAGCCUGCGAACACAGACAUAUUUCCGCUCGUCGCUUCUCUCCACCCGAAAAAUGACGACCGGCUAAGAGAGGGGGACUGGAGCCGAAAUGCGUCCCGCAAUUGUUUCUGGGAUUGUCACUGGUAACGUGUCGGUAGGUAUUGGCCAAUUCUUUUUCUCCGUCCUUAGCAACAGUCCCAGAAGUCUUUGUAAAAGUUAACUCGGCCCAGUCGCGUUCUCGGUGUUAAGUGGUGAAUUGAGUUUCAAACUAAACAAAAGAAAAUACUUCAGCCAUUCACAUUUUUUUUAGCAAUUACACUUAGCCAACACUAAGCGCGAAAAACUGAAUCUGCAGGCAGUUAACAAUGGUGUUUGUUUCUCUCCAUUUUGGCUGAUGUGUCGCUUGCUUUUUCCGUCAGUCAUACCGUAUAGCAAUGCCGGUAACUAAAAGCAAGUCUCUGUAAUAAACCGAUCAAAACUUGAAGCAGUCACAUGUAACCGACACUAAGCGCGUGAAGGGUAAACACGUGCAGGCAAGACUGACUCCUGAUUGGCUGAGGUGUCACUUUUUCUUCUGUCAGUCAUAUUGUCUAGCAGUUCCAGGGGAAAGGAAAGUCUCUCUAUCUAAUAAACCAAUCAAAACUUGAGGCAGUCACAUAAAACCGGCACCACGUUCGUAAAAACUCGUGAAGGCAAGUCAGGAUUCCUGAUUGGCUAAAAAAAGUGGCAUGAUUUUUGUUUGCUAAUCGUAUCGUAAAGCAGUGUACGAUGAAAGGCAAGUCACGCUAAUAAACCAAUCACAGCUAAUCGCGUCUUUGGAAAGCUUUGGAAGCUAGUCCAUGCCCUGCGCAAGUUGUACGUUAACGGUAUGAUUAGUGACGUGAAAGAAAUACCUUUUUCAUGACUGUGGGUUAAAACACAAACUUUGCACACGGAUAUUGAAACCAUGACACAUAAUAUAUCAGUGUAUAUCAAGAGCUCAACCCCGUUAAUGUCUCUCAUUUCACGUAUAUUUCGCGUUGAUAUUCUACUAUUUUGUGGAAGGAAGGUAGAACUCUUUUUCCCAUUUUUCACCAUUUCUCCAGGAAUUGCCAAGACUGGAAGUGGAAAGACAUUAGCAUUUCUUCUUCCCAUGUACCGACAUGUUCUGGACCAACCUGAGCUUGACAGAGAAGAUGGACCAAUAGGUAGUUAACCCUUAUGUAAUCUUGAAUCUCAGGCCUUUAUCAAACACCGUGCUUACGUUGCACUGGACUAGAUUCAUCUUAAUAAGCAUGAAUUUUAGCUCAGCGACAUCGCUUGAGUCGACUUCUAAAUCAACGUAAAUAGAGAGGAGAAUUCGUUACGUCACGUUGCCAUGGUAGCAAAAUGUUUGGAUAACAACAAACCGAAAACGUCACAUGAAAAGCAAAUUUGCACAGCUUCAACCUUCAUCGAUCUUAUUCAAUGUCAUUUAAUUUGGCAAACGUUGGCGAAAUUUCCUCGGGUUGAAUUCGAAAGGACCGUAUAUAAGUUUAUAAGUAUUAGAAGAGAAAAAAGACAACUUUUGUGUUGUGUUCACCUACUCCAUAAAGCAAGCGUGUGAAAUUAGAAAGUUUCAUGUCGCAGGGGUGCAACGACGGCAAAGACGGCAAAGAAAUGUACAAAAUAGCGUGAUGCACGUGUAAAUUUGGUGUUUUGUCAAUAAAGACCUAUUAUCUUUUUUGCCGUUCUCCUUCCAUCGCCGUCGCCGCUGGUUUUGUUGUCAUCCAGAAAUAGUGCUACCAUGGUGACGUGACGUCAUACUUCUUCUCUCUAUACCAAGUAAUUAAGAUCGACAAACGCGCUGGGGUAAUGCUUAAUGAGUUAGUUUGCAGAGACUUGGUUCAAGUACGGCCCUUGACUCGUGCCGAGGUCUAUACUUCAAGAUUUGUGAUAAUUUCGUCUUGGAUCUUACCGUCCAGCUCGACUAAAGUACAGUACGGCGUUGGGCGUUUUAGUCAACUGCCGAGCUGAAGCUUAAUUCUUUCUUGUUUGGUACAAUGAUGGCACGGCGUUUGUACCGGGCCUUAGCUUUUUCUCAGCGGUUUCUUUAUUUUUAUUUUUUCGGAGGGUGGGGUGGAUGGGGAGGGGGAUUUGUAGGGUUCAAGUUGCCGGGUAAAUACAACAAGUAGGCGGGGAACAAAACAGCUAGGGAUUUCUUUUGGUUCUAUUUUUAUUUUAUUUUCCCAUGGAAGUAGCCGGGGGGCACGUUCAUAGUAGCCGGGAGAAAUCCCCGGCCCCCGCCUCUUAAUGACAACCCUGGAUUUAUGUAUGUGAUAUCCUGCUACUGAGUAUUGCUUUUCUGUGACACUGAAACUUUUACGUCUGUGAAACAAGCUUUAGUACGAUUAUUCAGAUCAUUUCUGACAUCAGGUAAACAAUACAGUUCUGCAUAUGAUGUCAAGUCCCUGAAUGAAUCCGUUUUGAACACACUUUCCUGUAGUGCUUUUUAUUAACCUAGUAAGUUAAACGAGGCCAGGAGAUUUAGCAGAAACGUUUUUAUAAUUUUGUCGGUAUUGUAAUCGCAAGACUGAUAAUCAGGCUUGUGACUUGUGACUGUGUUUUAUUUUACUUACAGCUAUCAUAAUGACACCAACUCGGGAACUAGCUCUUCAAAUUUAUCGUGAAUGUAAGAAGUUCUGUAAGCCGCUCAAUCUGCGAGUGGUCUGCGUGUAUGGUGGCACUGGUAUCAGUGAACAGGUCAGUCCACCCCAAGCCCCUUACCCUACCCCCCACUGAUGUUUUCUCAUCACUUACCCCAGUAACAUUUGACCUACUCAUCCAUCCCCAGCCAUAAGUAGGAUUUACGAUUCCCUCUCUUUGUGCAUGCACUGUACUCGAAGUAGAAUUUUUCCUACCCACACACAGUACGAUUUGCCUUUCCCAGCCACGAUUUGCUCAAUUGGUGAAUAACAAUUUUGGAUGUUUCUUGGUGUUUCUGGACUCGGGAGAGCGGCGGAAAUCAAGCUCGAUUUGGAACAGCUGAGCUGAAAUCGUUUCUCAUUUUUCUUCCCAUCCUCGCGAUGAACAUUUCCUCUUUUUUAACUUCUUGUAUGUUUACUGGAUAAUGAUUUGCCAAGGGCUGUUACCGUUCUCCAGUCGCAGCAAAUCUAUUUAAUUUGCUCCAUGUUGUUGUUGUGUAGUCAAUUACCAGUUACGUUUCUGUUCAGAUUGCAGAACUAAAGCGUGGAGCAGAAAUCAUCGUCUGUACCCCUGGAAGAAUGAUAGACAUGUUGACAGCCAAUAACGGUAGGCUAAACAUGAAGCUAAUUCGCCACUUUAGAAAAUACCAUAAUUAUCUUUUUGUCCCCCCCCCCUCAAAAAAAAAAAUUGCAUUGUAAAGAUUUUUGCGGGGGUGUGUGUGUGGGGGGGGGGACAAAAAGAUAAUUAUAAUAUUUUCUAAAGUGGCGAAUGGUAAUGCUUUUUCAUUUAUGUAACCACCAAUGAAAUACCAGGUGAGCUGUCACGUGAAAAUAUUAUAUCUUCUACAUGAAAAGGUCACCCUUUCUGUUGCUACAUAAUAAAUUGCGCCUUUUGCAACGGAAAGAAAUUUAGUGAAAUGGUCUGGAAUUUCGUUGGUGUUUAUAUGAUUAUUCUCAUGUUCAAAAAUAUUUCCUUCGCUCGGAGAUAAAUUUCGUAUCUUCGCGAGGCCAAAAAAUAUGCUCUGUUUAUAUACUUUUAGUUUGGAGUUUUCAAAAAUAACCAAUCUGUUAAUGACAAUAGAAAUGAUAAAUAGAAAGUGCAGCCUUAUGGCGUUCCUUGUUUCAAUCUUGCCUUACUUGCUUUUGUUUUUACUGUAAUAUUUUAAAGGCCGAGUAACAAACUGCCGUCGCUGUACUUACCUGGUGCUGGAUGAAGCGGACAGAAUGUUUGAUAUGGGAUUUGAACCUCAGGUAGGUCAAGUUUACCAUUAUUCUGACUACAUAGUUAACAUUUGAUUGGUAAUACUAAACCUGAAAUCUGCUGAUCGGGCUUAACUUUGAUUUUCAAGCUGCGUUAACGCCGUUUCCUUUCUAAUAUUGUUCCAUUGUGAAGAAUACGCAUGUCUUACAAAAUGAGUUCAAGGUUUGCAUGUAACUCAAGAUUCUGUAACAUACAGUGCGGAUCGAGAAAAACGUUGUCGAUCAAAUUUUAGUUGAAUCUCUGGGUAAUUUGAGGCUAAGUCCCAUGAUUGCAUUGAAGCUUUAAACGCAACCAAACGAUAUUUGUCCGUUUACGAAUGUUCAAAUGUGGAGGACGAUUAACAAGUUGUUUACAUUUAUUCUUGUUUAUUUGUGGACGGAAGCCGUAAGCGCAGACUCGUCCCCAGUCUCCUCUGUUAAACCUCUCCCUAGUGCCGGAGCGCCAGGUUUGAUGGGAAAGAGAAAGGUGAGGUUCUUCUCCCUACCCAUCAUCCUCUGCUCCCGCCGUACGCGUUAUGAGGACGACCUGGGGACGAGUCAGCCCAAAGCUCAUACGUUUAUGUGCGCUGACAAUUUUUAAAGGACUCGUGCGGACAUCGGCAGGAAAUCGGUAUCAAAAAACAUAAGCUGAAGCAGGCUGUGCUUUAGAAUGCGGCUCACCACUGAAAUUGGUCAAUCACACAGAGCGCAUACUACAUGUGAUAGAGAGGAUUAGAAAACGAGAAAUAAAAAACCAAGAAGUAAUUGCUUCUGUGCACUACAAAGUUUAUAACAACUACCAAAAUCGUAGACAUGAGAAUGCUGCACCAAAUUUCCCGAACACAAUGAUUAAAAAGUGUGAAGAAAUCAAUUUUGAAUGAAAUGACCUUGAACAGGAAUUCGCCCAACCCCAUCCUUAAAGUUACCUUGCAUAUUAUAUAUUAGGAGCUUGGUGUUUGCAUCUGGGCAGUUGUGGUUUUUUCUGCUUUGUAAGAGUAGACAGUUAUUACCAUUGGCCUUGAAUUCAGCGUAGUUUGCUCCGCGGGCUGAGUUGUGACUGAGGGCGGUAACAAAGUGGUAAGUGGAUAGAGCUCAGUUCUUGUCCAGGUCAAGUGAAAGGUGUCAUUUAAGGCCAAAUUAAUUCCACAUUGUUACUUUUUCUUACUUAUUGAACCCCAUACUGAGUCUGAAGUAACCCUUGGGGGAGUGGGGCGGUCUCUCCUCUGCGCCCCCACGGGUAGGGGGCGGAGACAGCUGACAUGUCAGACUACUCUUGGGGUUGUACGACUUUACAGCAGGGUACACGUUACGGAGUUGUUGGUUUUAAACGAACCUUAUGAAAUUCGGUUGAGAACAGCCAACACGCUUGUGGUCACCUCAGUCAAAGAGAUUUGUGGUGUCGAGGUUGCUUUCACUCUCAAAAACACGUUUGUGACUUUAUGUUAUUUAUAGCUUUGCCAGCCGUUGGUAAGGCAACUGCAACCCCUUAAAGCUAGUUACUGAGCUCGAUCGAGCUCCCGUGACAGUCCCCUCCCCUUGAGAGGUAAACCACACCACCGGGGUCCACGCUCCUACUGUUUUCGAAUAGGAUUGUGGGUACAUUUACGCCCCGUUCGUAUUGAUAAGGUUGGAUAAAGUUUUUUAAAGACCCUGGUUGAUGGUCCCGCCUCGGCCCCCGGACCGUCGACCCUUACCCAGCGCUAGUUCAGUUAACUUAGGACUUCACGGGGACUCCAUUCUCUCUCAAUACGUUUGAGUAGGCUUUAUUGUGGAAGAGGGCUUUAGAUUCUAAGACGAGUAUGACUAUGAGUACGAGAUUUUCUCAAUACAAAGUAGUAAACGCGUGAACCAGCGUGAUUUUGGCGGGAAAACGUGAUGGCCGUCGUCAUUCUACUACGAGUUUUAGCGGGAAUAUCGUAGUGGCGGGAACAAGUUAUCAAAUGUUGGGAGUUUUACCAUUAUGCGAUCGGGAGAGGGCUUAACCUCUUCCAGUAAAGGUGUCAGUGGUAAUUUUUCUGGUGAAAACAUACAAUGAAGCUUUCGGGAUGUCUGUUUUUUGACAAUACGUGAAAAAACUUUAAAUUAAAUCUCGUACUCGUAGUAGUUCUCGUCCUCGAAUCUAAAGGUCUCUGUUAUCUUGUAAACCUGAAGUGAAGCCUGCAGUUCCCACCUUUGUGGUUUUCUCUCGUUAUGAGGAUGCCUUUCAGAAUCUGAUGUAAUUUUUACAUUCGUUUUUGCUUCAGGUAAUGAGAAUAAUCGAUUGUAUCAGACCCGAUAAACAGACUGUCAUGUUCUCUGCUACAUUCCCACGCCAGAUGGAAGCUUUAGCUAGAAAGAUCCUUGACAAACCUAUUGAGGUAAUGUGCUUGUUAAGGUACGGAAAAACGGGCAACAUGCAACUUGUCUUGCAACAUUGCUGCAAAAUGUGUUGAAUAGCGAUGCUGCGCGUUUUGCCACCCACGUCAAACCUGUCCUGCAGGAAUCAGGUUGUUAACAGGUUUGAACGUGGUCGGUAAAACGCGCAACAUCGCUUUUCAGCUCGUUUUGCAGCAGUGUUGCAAAGAUAAGUUGAGUGUUUUUGUUGCCCGUUUAACCGAAGCUUACACUGUAUCUGUAGUGAAAUUCUUUUAACGCAGUCGACAUAGUCGUCUCAGAGUUAUCCCAUUUUCUCUAUGGUCCGUUUUCUAUCCCGUAAUAUGUGUCUUGAUUCUGUUUAUAGACUAUCACAGUACAAACGUUACAUUUAAUAGAGAGCUUUAGAUUCUAAAACGAGGACUAGAUUUUCUCAAUACUAACUGGUGUGCGUGCGUGAACCAGCGUCAUUUUGGCGGGAAAAAAUGAUAGCCGUUGCCAUUCUACUUACAUUCACAUUCACAUAUUUUACCUCGCGAAAUCUAUUAUAGACAUAAUCGCAAGCUAAACUUAAACAGGUUUUAGCGAGAAUGUCGUAUUGACGGAAACCAGUUAUCUAAUGUUAGAGGAGAGAGGGCUUAAACUCCUUCAAUAAAAAUUACUGUGCUAACUUUUGUGGUGAAAAAAGGUUUAAUGAAGCGUUCCAGGCUGUCGAUUUUUUAAAGAAUUUUUAUUCGCGAAGAAUCUUUAAGUUCAAUCUCGUCCUUGGAGUCUUCCUCGUCCUCGAAACUAUUGGUCUCUAUUUACCAAAAUAAUUUUUCUUAGCGCUUACUGAAAUGAAACAGCAGCGGCCCAAAAAUUACCUGCAAAUGGGUAAAAUCUCGCGCACAAUAUUCUCUUGCGAUGCUCUCUCGUAUCAAAACCCCAAGCCUAAGAAAAUAACUUUCUGGGUUAGUUAGGUUAUUGAUAGUCCUUCAUCUAUUUUUUCUUCAUGAGUUGCUUUCUGUUUCUGUUUUUAGCCUGAAAUUGUUUUAAUAGUUGCCAUACUCCCAUUCAAGACUGAUGUUAUCGAUGAACUUCAAUGUACUUUUGAUGUUGUGUUUCAGAUACAAGUCGGUGGUCGAAGUAUCGUCUGUUCAGAUGUUACACAAAAUGUGGUAUGCAUUUCAUUUUUAUGCGUUUUGCUCUUGUGUUCAAACUUAAGCGGUGAGGUAUAGAAUGUACGAGCUCCCAAGGCGUGUCCAAAGUCACAUUCUUCCAGGCGAAGCGUAGCCACUGUCUGAGCUUGUCCAGUGUUUUUUGGGCCGGAUCUUUGUAUGUUGUCUCGUCUACGAUAAUCCAGAUGGUCUCCAGGGGGUUCACAUCACAUGAGUUUGCCGGCCGAUCCUCCUUUGGUAUAAAGUUGGCAAAUCCUUCUGACACUAUGCUUGCAUGAACCGCCUUUUCCUCUUCAAGGCUUUCCAACUUUUUUGGUAACUUAUCCCCAUACCGUUAUGCUCGAAACUUUGAUCGAUAAUGUGAAGUUGAAAUUUUUUUACCUUUCUGUUUUGUGGAAUUAUUAAGCAUACACUUACAGCUUUUUCGAUAAUAUUUCUCAGACAGUUUGUGAAAAAACGGCCAUGCAGUCCUUGGUUUGUCUUCUAACCAUUUGUUCGGUCAUCGUUCAGACUUCUUCAACAAUUUGACAAUUUUUUUUGACUGAAUAGCCAGAAGACCAUAAAAAUAGAUGCCUGAGCUCUUAGUAGCACAAACAGUGUAGGCCUUCAUUUUCAUGAAAGAGUAGAGAAAAUGAAAGUAAACGAUAAAAAUACCAGAAUAGAAAACCUACAAAAUAGGCAGGAAAAGUAUGGCGUACCUCGCGUACGUGUACAGUUGAGGCAAAAAUUAAAAAAAAAAUUAUAAUUUCUUCAAAUUUUAGUUUGAAAUUGCUUUUAACGGUUAUUUAGAUAAAUUUCUUACCUGAAUCAGUUUGCAUUUGCCUAAAGAAGCAUUAAAUGCUUUGCGCAAAAUACAAUAUACAAUCGGAACGAACUUUUGAAACACCCUGUAGUUUUAAGUGAGUCCUCUUGAUUGUGAAGGACAUGUUAGCAAUUUAGUUCAACAUUCAGUUGGAAGCGAAAACGCAAAUAAGAAGUCUGAGGAUAAACCCACUUAGAGGUUGAUAUUAAUUUCAAAAUAAACAUUAUACUAAGCGGUAGUUAUCUAACAGUUUUUGUACAUUUUAUUUUCCCAGGUUGUUAUUGACGAGGAUGACAAAUUUUUGAAACUGCUUGAGUUGCUUGGUAUUUACCAAGAAGAAGGUAAAUACUGGACUCGGAGCUUUCUUAAGGCAGUUGUCCGCAAGCUUGAGUAAGAUCUAAAACUCAGCUGCGACAGUUAAAGUAACGAACACUUGCAAAUUGGGGAAGAAUCAACAAGAAAGUGGAGGGUGGCAGAAGCUCCCACCCGCUUUUAAUUGGUCCGUCCCUUGUAUAUAGAAUACCAUGCAAAAAUUAGUGAUCUCCAAGCGAUGCCAAUGUUGUUUUCAAAUGCUCCCGACCCCCAAACCCAUAUGAUGCGUUAAAUGUGCUUCUGGCCCCCUGCCUUACCCACUUCUUUGUUUUUUUACUUUGUAACCCUUUGCAAUUGGAACUGUAUUGCCUUCUAUCUCGAAAGAAUCCGGCAACGUUCUGCUUUGUACAACGCAAAAUCUUCCCCCCAAAUAUUGACGAAGGGCGCCAAAAGGAACAACCGAUGCUAAGCGCGGGAAAUUAUUUAGUAUGUUGCAGACAUAGUUAUUUAGUAUGUUGCCUCUCUUACACCUGUACUAGUUGAUCUUUCCGCCAAUGAAACGUUGUAUUUCUAUGUGACGCGACUCUAACCCUAUCAAAAUAGGUAGCGUCUUGGUGUUCGUGGAAAAGCAAGAAAAAGCUGACAUGUUGUUCAAAGACCUACUGAAACGAUCCUAUCCGUGCUUGUCUCUCCAUGGAGGUAAGAUUGUAUAUAAUAACACACUUCAUACUUUUACCAGUAGUGUUGGUCUUAACUUUCGAGACUUGUGAAUGAAUCGUAAAGUUUGGCCAUUUACAGGAAACUUACUGAGCAGUACUUUCCUCGGUGCAAGGUGGUUUCAACUCUCGAGUCUGUGACCAUUGAAAUUAAAACUUCUGAGUACUUGUUUCCGUGCAACGUUUUAUUAUUUUACAGAAGGUAGUUGUUAAUAUCCGAAAUGUUCGCCGCUCCCUCUCACGUUGUAUAUAUUCCUUGCAGGUAUGGAUCAGUUUGAUCGGGAUAGCACAAUAGCUGACUUCAAGAAUGGCGUCACUAAUUUAAUGGUAAGAGAAUCACGACAAACAGCUUUAGUGGUAAAGCGUCUGGAUUAGAAAUCAGGGCCGAGUUUUUCAAAGCUGGGUUAAGAUAACCUAAGGUUAGUGCCAAAUUUGAAUUCAAAUACGAAGGCUUAAAAAGUAAAUUCAGUAUAAUCCUUUUUGUCAGCAAGUUGAUGAUGGGAUGCUCUUAAAAAUAACAGAAAAAAAUUGUCCAAGAAAAUGCUUUUGACCGAAAGAAAAAGAAACCCAGGUUAAAUUUAACCUUGGGCUAAGCGCUAAUCGACCUUCGAACAGCUGGGCUCAGAAAGUCAUAUGUUCGACUCUUAUUGCACUGGCGUAUCCUUACUUUCAGAUGAGGGGGUGGGGUGGGGGCUGAGAUAAGGGAGCGCGAUCUUCCAAAAAAAAUUUUUUUCGGCCCUUUGGGCCUCAGUGUGGUCUUAAAAUAAAGGAAGGGAGCCCUUCCCUGGAUACGCCACUGUACUGGGAGUGCUCGGAUUUUUUCUACCGAACCUCUUGGGUCACUGACUGAAAGUCGUCUUUCUUAGCUUUUUUUGUUAUGUUGAAGAGUUACGAAGCCUUGGGUCUUUUCUCUUUAAAGCUAACUGCAAACGGACUCAACAACUCCCAACAUUGUUGGCCCAACAAAGCUGGGAGUUGUUGCGUUCGUUUGCACGUGGCUAAACAUUUGACCGGUUUGAGACUUUGCGCAGCAACUCCCAACAACAUACAACAGGGUGUACAAACGGACGCAACGUAUAAAAUCCCAACAAUGUUGUGUCCGUUUGCACGGGGCUUAACAUCAAUAGGGAGCUUAAGCAGCGACGUUUUUGAGCGACGCACGUCAACCGGAAGUGAGGUAUUUUCCCUCUUAACAUACCUUGAUGAUAUAAAAUUUGUAUUCCUUAGCUUCUUUACUGUUAUAGAGGCGAUUUGACUGAAAAUUUGCGCGAAACCACCGUCAAAAAAUGAAAAAAGGCCACUUCCGGUUGACGUGCGUCGCUCAAAAACGUUGUUGCUUAAGCUCCCUAAUGAGCCUCGUAGGGAGACCUUAACCCUUUAAACCCUAACAUCAAAAUUCAAAUUCUCAUUUGUUAUCCCUAUACGUUUCCAAUAGAAGUAGUGGGGAGAAUUUGUUGAAGUAUCAAUUAGAUUCAUCUUGUUUGAUCAUGUCCUUAAUUCUCAUGACCACUCUGUUUUGUAAAGCACUGAUAUUACAAGGAGAAAUUUGACGCUGAUCACUCCUAGGGCUUAAAGGGUUAAAGAAACAGAGAACACGAAGGACGCACGCACCUGUGAAAAACGGAACACCAGAGAUGUGCGCCCUUCAUGAAAAACGAAAGAAGAUUAUGAACAGGUUAAAGUAACUCAUAUCUUUAGGUCUGUUCAGUCCAAAGCUGUGGGAAGCGUUGACAGCGUCUUAUUUUAUUCUUAUUUUUUAGAUUGCAACGUCUGUUGCUGCCAGAGGUUUAGAUGUGAAGCAGCUGAUCUUGGUGAUCAACUAUGAUUGUCCGAAUCACUAUGAAGAUUAUGUGCAUAGAUGUGGGUGAGUAAUGCUCGCUGGAAUUCAGUGUCCAGGGUGGAGCAGGGUGGUGUGGCAGCAAGAAUUAACAAGUCGAGUCAAGUCAAUUUUUAUUUCGAUUCACACACAAUUUUAAUUGAUACAAAUCAGUGAUUUUAAAUAUAAAAAUAAAAGAUUGUAAAGGAGGAAGAUAAUUUUUUCAACGUUAGGUUCAUUGUGCAGAGUUUGGGACGCAUAAAUAGUUCGGAGAAUUCGAACUAACCGAGUAGGUGACCCAAAACAACAAUACGAGUAGAAGGAAUAUAGUGACAAAAUAGUUGUUUUAGAUAAAAAGUAUUACUUCAUUGACAAAAUAGUAGUUAACGGUAACAUAAUCAUAACACUUCAGGAAUUAAUAACAGUAUUAUAACCAUCAAUCAUAGAAUUCUUGAUAUUUUGACGAAAACUCGACAACGGCUUGAUCUUCAGUAGAUAAGAAAUUCCAAAGGUUGGUACCGGUGUAAAGAAAAACGCUUGAUGACUCGUCCGUGGGAGGUUAAAUCAUCCCCAUCAUCACUCGGUCCUUUUGGUCGGGAUGCUUCGAACAAUGAUCUUAUUCCACGCAUUGCUGUCCGACAUCGCGUUCGCAAAAUCCUCCCUGUCAAUUCCGGAAUCUCUCGGGGUCAUGAUAUCUGGGAACGGUUAUAUAUAGCACACUGGAAAGCAAAGACAUAAGCAGACCCAGUAUGAAAUCAUAUAGCGGUCAACAUUGCCCAAUAUUGCUAGUAGCGGUAUACUGCUGAAAACAGUGAUGGAAACAGUUUCACUAAUUUAUGCCGUGAGACCUCAAAAUAGAGAAUGAAGACGCGCGCUGUCGAGGGAAACAUUUGGGUUAAUUUGUCGACGGGGGUAUCUUCUGUCCAGUCACUUAAAGGAAAUUUAUUUGCUUAUUACAAAUGCAAUUUAUUUGUCUAUUUAUCUGAUUGACGUCGCACUCGUUUAAGAUAGGAUGUUAUUAAAACGGGGUGAACAAGCAUGGAGAACGGAAAAUGUAAAAUGUAAACAAAACAGAAAAUUGGGAAUAGGGUCAUUGAAAGGAAAAGGGUUCAAAUUUUUUCCAUUCGUUUACUGUUCCCCUUUUCUUAUUUUGAUAACAUCCCACGUUAAGCUAGCGCAUCUUUUCGUUGAACUAAACUGAUUACGGUGAAGGCCAAACUUUCUGUUGUUUGUUUGUUUACCAGGAGAACUGGCCGAGCAGGAAGAAAAGGAACCUCGUUUACGUUCGUCACCUCCGAGCAAGGAAGGUGAGAUUGUGUGUGCAGCUACCUUGAUUGACUUUUCAAUGUUAUCAGAGUUCCAACUUGUUUAAAAUGUCAAUUUUUCUUCGUUCAUUUCUUUUUGUUUUGUUCUUUCUUGGCAGGCAUGCAGGUGAUAUUAUUAAGGUAAGAUUGAGUUUCAUAUGUACAACAUUAGACCAAAGUAUUUCUACCACGCGGAAUUUAUUGUAAAAAGGUAAAAGGCAAAGGCGCACACAAGCCGAAGGCCCAAACGGCCGGAGCUUAUCCUGGUUUCUGUAGCAUGAAGCAUGCCUAUGAGUAUUGCUUCUUCCCCCUGGACAGGAUGCUAGUCCAUCGCAGGGUUACCCCCCAGCAGUAUGUCGCCAGUAUCCGUUUACACCUGGGUGAAGAGAGACAAAGUGGAGUAAAGUUUCUUGUCUAAGGAAACAACGCGAUGGGCGAGGCUUGAAACGUGGAUCUUCAGAUCCGAAUUUCGAGGUGUUAACCGCUCGGCCACACGCGCCCCCACAUGCCCUCACUUGUUGUAAUCUUCGUUUAUUAAUAAUUCUUUCUGCUGUACGUUCUGCAGGCGUUAGAAUCUUCGGCUGCUGUGGUUCCUGAUGAACUUCGAAAAGUAUGGCAGGAUUAUACAGAAGAGAGAAAAGCGGUAAACUGACUUUGAUUUCAUCUUUCAUCUCUCCCCCCCCCCCCUCCCCUCUAAUAACCUUUUUUGAGCAGUUCAUUUGAGGAGUUGAUAGGCUGACCAUUGAUAAAAAUAUAUUGUGUUGCCAUCAUUUCAUAGCACUGAUUAAUCUGAAUACUAUUUUAGGAGGGAAAGACCGUCAUCCAAAACAGUGGAUUCACAGGCAACAAAGGUAGGCCCAACCCUGUUUUGAUAUUACGUUAAGUCUUAAAGUUUAGUCGAUACUCUGUGUGGACAAGAGCAAAAAAUUACGACUAACGAGUGCAUCUGUUGUGUUGCUUGUUCGGCGAGUGUUGGCCGCAUGCAUGCGGAGAGGAAAUUAUGUUUCGGGAAAGAAGUGUCGUAAACAAAGCAAUGCAAACCUUAAUGUUAAGUUCUCGCAAUGGCUGAUGUGGUCUAAAGAAAAGAAAUGCACUUUAUGUGAGUGUCAAUGUAUUUAUCACGAAAUUACCAAUUGAGGACACUAGUUUGACGUCUGCUACUGGAGACGGGACCGCCAUUUUACGUGCUUAUCCGAGCCACGCGAAGGUCUAGUACAUGAAGGUCUGGGUAUUGGUCCGGUUCCAGGGGAUCGAGGUCGCGACCUCCCGUAUGGUAGUCAAACGCUCUACUGACCGAGCUAAUCCUGCCGCGUUAGUGACUAAAAAUUAGCUUAACUUCAAUUAGUCAAGCAAAUUAUAGUCAACAUUUGUCAUUUUUAGAGUGAUCCGGUGCCUUGAUAACACAUCAACAUUAAGAAUUACAAACUAAAUAUUACUAAUGAUUUGAUGCUAAAAUCACUCGUAUUAGCACCUUAUUACACCUACAUUUUUUUGUUCUGUAGGUUACAAAUUUAACGACGAAGAGAAAGCGAAAGUGAGCGAAGCGAAAAAGAUUCAGAAAUGGGUGAGUUUAUUAAAUGACCCAAACAUAUGCCCUGAAAUCUUGUGCGACUGAAAAUUUAUUUAUUCAAGAGGGAGCUUAAGGAAUUACGACGACGACGACGACGACGACAACUUCAAAAAACAAUAGAUUUAAUGAUCAAAACAACAGCUGUGCAUGUACCUCACGCUUUUGAGUACAUUUCUUUGACGUCCACUGCACGACUACGACGUGAAACCUCCUAAUUUGACGUUUUAUAGAGGACGUGGACAUACGACGACGAAUUUUCCUUCCUCUUUUUUAAGUUGAAUAAAAUCCUUAAGAAUUCAACUUCAGGAAAAGUCGCCUGCAUUUGACAUAUUGAGCGGCUCUAAAUAGACGCGAUUAAGUUUGAAAGAACACAAAUUCAUUCUUUUAGCGACGUUUUCACUGCCGUCCUCGUCGUCGUUGCUUAAACAACCCUCCAAGUUGCGACCGUUUUAGUUGCCAUGGCGCCUAAAAUUUUGAAGCUGGCGGCUUGAUUUGUAAAAAAGUCUCCCUAAACCAAAAGAAUUGGUCGCCAAAUGGCGACAAGCAAAGACUUUAACUUGGAGGGUUGUUAAGGUCCCUAAUUACUUAUUUUCAGGCUCUUGGUCUCCAAGAUUCGGACGAUGAAGCAGAAGCUGAAGAGAAAGCUGUGGAAGAGGUACUAUUUUAACCCUUUAACUGCCAAGUUCUGAUUAGUAAUUCUCCUUGCUGGCUGCUUUUAUUCUAUACAUUUCUUUGUACGUUAUUUAAGAGAAUUUGAGGUUAUAUGAAGAUAACAGCCUUCAGCUCAUACAUUUGCCUUUUCUCAUCACCUAUCUAUUGGACAAUGCAUUGAUGUUACGAGGAGAACUUACAUGCGGAUCACUUCUGGGAGUUGAAGGAUUAACUUUAGUUUGAAAAUCUUGAAUAGCCGUCAGUACACUACCAGGCUCCCUAACAGCUGGCAUUUGCUUAGCGUUGCUUGAUGAGCCCAGUAACGGUUGCAAAAUUUCAAGACCAAGGCAGAAAUCCACAAGGGCCUGUCAUCCUCUCUAAUAAAGAAUCAUCUAAUGAAUUUAAACUGUAGAGUCUGGAGAAGGCAUUAUUAACUGAUGCUUGUUUUUCCGAACUCCCGCUCUUUCGCUCGCUUUUGCUGCAUAAAACAUAAAAAACUCUCCUGCUCGCGCUUCGUGCUCGGGGAAACUUUGAGCUCGACUUUUAGGCGAGUCUAGUAUUUCAGUAAAUUCGUUUAAUAAAGGUGCGACUGAGCCCUUUUUCGAAUUUUGUUUGUACUGAUUUAGAUUGACAAGCAGUUGGAUGCUGUGUUUAGCAAAGGAAAACCACACAUAAAGAAAGAAACGCCAACAGCAGCAGCGAGCGGCGGUGAACAAAUCAAAGGCGAACAACAGGGUGAGAUAAAGUCGGACAUUAUUUCAAAACUUCCCCCCCCCCCCCCCCCCCCCCCCCCCAGGGUGAGAUAAAGUCAGACAUUAUUUCAAAACUUCCCCCUCCCCCUCCCCCAGGGUGAGAUAAAGUCAGACAUUAUUUCAAAACUUCCCUCCCCCCCCCCCCCCCCCAGGGUGAGAUAAAGUCAGACAUUAUUUCAAAACUUCCCUCCCCCCCCCCCUUAAUCCAUUUACAAGGCGUUUUCACAGGACGUCACUUCCGCCAUGUUGGAGUCCCAAAACAAUAAAACGGCGUUCAUGUUUGUGUCCUGUGGGAUUUGAACUCUUUUCUUAUGUAAACGAUUUCUGUUGUCGAAACAGCGUGAAUCCACUCUUUAAGGGCCUGUUUACAUGGAGUGGGGGACUCCGGUCUAGUGGAGUUGGUUUCUUUUGUUUUCACGCUCUGGGGGACACAAAACAAAAGAAACUUACCCCACUAGACCGGGGUCCCCCACUCCAUGUAAACAGGGUCUAAGUGACGUUUUUGUAGCCGUCGCUGGCGUUGUUGCCUAAGCUCCCUAUUCUAAUCUUACUUUUAAGUUGGUCGGGUGGGGAAAAAAACAUGAAAUCAGGAGAAGUAGAGUGGAGUCCGAACACUUUUUACCAUUUUUUGUUGUCAUGGUUAUCUCUGUGUCUAGCCCCUCUAAGACAUUUCCCCAGGCCUUCGCGGUCAUCUUUGCUUGGUAAGAGAACUCAAUAUCUCGUUUUGUUGAACUUUCAGCUAAGCUCAACCUGGCCACAAGUAUAGCGGCUAAAAUCAACCAGAAGAUUAUUGCUGGGACAAACGUGAGUGCUUUUGGAUACAUUUUGGGUACUGUAAAUGAUCUAAUGGACGCCUGGGGCGUCUUUGUAAUUUUGGGAGCCCGAGAGGGGCCGUUUAAUAGAUAGGAGGCGUUUUUGAUCAAUGUGAUUUUUUAAACCGCAGCUUUCGAUCUCAGAAUCCAACAAGACGCAAUGUGCAAAAUUUUGUUAAUAAAACAAGAAACUUGAUAAAUUGAAUGGUUUUGCCCCCGUUUGAUAAUUUCUAGCAUUUUGGAGUAACUGUCAUGGAUGGCGUCUAUUAGACAGGAGGCGUUUAUUGGAGAGGGGCGUCCUAUGGUCUAGUACACACUGAAUGGCUUAAGGGGGCGUUUAUUAGACAAGAGGCGUUUAUUUGAGAGUGGACGUCUAUUAGAUCAUUAACGGUAAUUACAAUUUUUAUUGUCAGAGUAUCGGGUCUGAGGUAUAUAUUACAUGAAAACAACGACGACAUAUUGUCCUGGGCCGGGUUGUUCGAAGAAGGGUUAAGUUAACUCAGGGUUAGUGCGAAAUUUUAUUUUUGCUUGAGAAGCAAAUUCAGUUGUAUUCUUUUUGCCUAAAAUUUGAUGAUUGGAUGCGCUAAAAAGAAGAGAGAAAAUGACCAGGGAAAAUGCUUUUGAACAAAAGAAAAACAAACCCGGGUGAAAAUUUAACCCUGGGUUAGCGCGAAUCGGCCUUCGAACAACUGGGCCAUGUUUUUGUCGCUUACUAAUCCCCAGUCCCUUUCUGUUAAAGCAAUGAGAUCAUGCCGAAUAUAAUAAAGGUUGCGGAAAACACGAGCAGAUACUAUUGGCAAACAGUAAUAAUUUAGAUGAAGUGUCUUUCAAUGGCUGAUGCAAAUAUUUAAGAACUACAUUAUAUACCUCAUAAGUAUUAAAUUCGGCACAUAUUUAUUAUUCGGUUGUUGUUGUAGAAUAUGGACCCAACUCAGCAGGCUGCAAGCCAGAUCAUCAAAGGAGGAACCGUCACUGCUCUUACUGUAAGGAAAAAACUUAUUUGUACAAACUGUUUUGUCAGCGGCUGCAGCUUUAACACAGUGCGCAGUUAAAUACCAUAAGAACUUGUUCAGAGGAAUUAUGUUGCCAAAAGAGAUUUACUAAGGGCCUGUUUACAUGGAGGUCGGGGAUCCCAGGUAGGUGAGGUAACCCGCUUUGGUGGGUAACCCGCCUGUCCACAUAAUCUCUUAUUUUAGCUUGAUUACAUUUACAUGAAAGGUGGGGUGACCCUUCGCAUGUUACCUCACCUAUCUGGGGUCCCCCACCUCCAUGUAAACAGGCCCUAAGCUGGCAAAACUGCAUUUUCUUUUGUUUUGUGUUUGUCACUUGCAUGCUGUUAUGCCGUUGUUAUUGUUUAAUAUUUUGGCAUGAUCAGAUACUGAAAACUUCUGAAGAUAAGUGCACCAAGUUGUAGUGCAAGAUAAAUUUCCUUCAUUUUACUUUUUAUUGUCUCUUUUGCUUGUUAAUCGGUUGAAUUGGACCAGGAGUUACAAAUUGGGAGCUUUGCAAACCCUUCUUAUUCGAGUCUUACUCACCUAUCUUCCACAUUAGAUUGUUCAAAUUCCCCAAAUUUUUUCAAGAUCAUCGAGAUUCGAGCGCUCAGCAUUUUGUAGCAGUCAUUUUGUAAUUGGUUUCAAAAGUACCGACGAGGCGGACGUUGGGCUUUAUAGACUGGGUGAAGAAGACUGCCUGUAGCACCCUUUUUCUAUGAACUUACGGGAAAAUAGGGAACUGUGAACAGUCUACUUCCGCAUCUGAUGUUAAAAUGCGACUGGAACGGAAGUUACAGAGGCUCACCUGGAUCUGAUUUAGGGGCCAUUUUCACGGAACUCUGAUAAUCAGUGGCGUGCAAAGCAUGACUGAAGUCAGUGAACCUUAAUGUCGUGGCCCGCGUUUUUUUCCCUUAGGGCCUGGGUCUAGCCAAACAGCUGGCCGAGAAGAUUCAUGGGAAGAUUGGGUAUGAGGCUCCAGUGGAGGAAACAAAACAGGACGAAAAACCAAAAGAAGAAGAACAACGGUAUGAAGAUGAAGUGGAAAUAAACGACUUCCCUCAAACUGCACGCUGGAAAGUCACAUCAAAGGUACGUGUUAACUUUGGCUCGAAAUUAACUUUUUCCUUCAGGCUUUAACUCUGGCGACCGGAGGGAAAAAUUCGAUCGCCAAAACGAAAAUUUCUGGUUGCCAGUUUAUGACUGCAGGACAGCAUGGCGGUUGAACUAUAAAGCUAGUACUAAUAUGACUAACCUACCUUUACGCCCUCCUUUGUAUCGCUUUCAUUGUUGAUCUGAUUCCGAUUUUGCAUUUAAGUGGAUUCUGCCGCCGAUUCUGUCGUACCGCGAGGCAGAUUUGCUUCAACCAAUCAGAAGCACUACCCAGAUCUGGGCAGUGACACGUCAUCAGUAUGGAAUUUCUGCAUCCGUUCUUCAGACGUCAAUUUGGCGGGGAAAUCGUUGGUGGCGUCGCGAAAUGUCGGCUGUUUUCUCUUUCUCUAUUAUUCAUUAUUAUCAGUGGUGGAUCCAGGGGAGGGGCCCGGGGGACCCGGCCCCCCACUUAAUUUUCGACCAAAAUGAGGCCGAAAGGGCGGAAAAAAAUUUUUUUGGAGACCGCCACCCCCCCCCAUUGGCCACUGAUUAUUGUAUUUAUUUUUUCUGUGAAUCCCUGCAGGAAACAAUCAUGAACAUCACCGAAGUCUCUGAAGCUGCCAUUACAGUUCGUGGCACAUUCUUUCCACCAGGUAUAAAUAAAUCAGAUGUUUUCCUUAGUUAACAGUGGCUCUGCAAUGUUAUUUCUUCUCGGCUAAUUGGUUGCUUUUUGCCCUCGAAAUUUGACUCUAGCAGCAAUAAUGGACCUUCGCAACCCUCGCACGUUUGUUCAAUUUUUGACAACGACCAGUUGGCGAAAAUCUAAAAACGCCAAAAAAGAACGCCUGAAAAUUGUCUGCUGUAAAAAAACCUGUCCACCAUUGAUAUGCAUGUUACUGCGUGAUUUGUCCCGUGAAAGUACAGUGGAAUCCCGUUAAAUAAUACGGUCACCAGUGGGCCAAAAAGAAUUUGGCCGUAUUAACGGGGUGGCCGUAUCAACGUGGGUUUUUUUUACAAGAAAAUAUAGGGCGGUUUUAGCCAGGCGGCCAAAAAAAGUGGCAGUAAUAACGAGGUGACCGUAUUAUCGAGGUGGCCGUAAGGCGGGGUUUCACUGUAUGUGUAAUCACAGAGAUUGUUGAAAGCAUUUGAAAUAUUUUGAGCUGUAUAUCUGAUGAUUCUUUUUACUUUCUUUUUCCCUGUAGGCAAAGAACCCAAGGCGGAAGGCGAGAGAAAAAUUUAUUUAUACAUCGAAGGUAAACGUAUGACUCCUUUACUAUAAUCAAUCAAUCAAAUCAAGUCAAUCAAGCAACAACUUUCAAAACGUGUCAAAACUUCUAGAAUACCACAAAGGGGUGCAUCAAUCGAAGACACUUGGGGAAGUGUCGAAGGAAGCAUAGUUCUCGCUAACUGGAGUAAAGGAUAUAGCAGGUUUAAUCUCACAAGUCUGUGUUAUUUGUUUACAGGUCCUUCUGAACGGUCGAUCCAUUUAGCUAAACUUGAAGUAAAGCGAGUCGUCAAGGAAGAAAUGAUAAGACUUGUAAGUACAUAUCCAUUGUUUAGCCCUCGACUUUUCUUUCUCUUUUUACAUACUUGCCCUUCGGAAGAUCGUGUCUUUCGCGCGUUCUUCGGGCCGUCAAGCGUGUGUUCUAUGAAACCGAUCAAAUGAGUUUGUCCUACAAGUUAAGUAACAUCAGUCUUACUGAAUCCGAAAGACGGAGAUGCUUUCUCUUAACACUUGAUUCAAGCGAAUAUCAUGGGAAUAAUAAUCAAGAAAAGGCUUUCACUGCUAGAGUUAGCUUGCUUUGAAAGGGCAUGGUAAAGGGGGGAAUUCCGACACGUGAGAACGCGAUGGGUAAUAAUUCUCUUCCCUCCUUCCUCGCGCAACCAUCGCGUUCUCGCGUGCCAGCCUUCUCAAGUUGGAGCUACUUGAGUACGGUCUCCCUCCCCGGAGAGUUUUCUCGCAGGUUAGGGUACUUUGUAUCGAUGUUCUAUUGGCCAGCUUAAGCAAAGCCUCUGUCCCAAGGAGUUUAACUUUUGCAAGACAAAAUAUUUUCACCUAGUCCUUCCAUUCAGCUAAGUCAAGUGCUUCUCUACGAACAACAACCAUGGAAUGCUAUAGCAAAGAGCUACUACUCCCGUUCCACCUCUCCCAGGGGCACGCGUGGUUUGUUUGUGCUUAGAGCACAGGAUACUAAGUACCUUCGUGGCUCGUACAAAACUUACCGUAAAGCGGUACAUUAACAUGAACAUUUUAUUGUUUCCUUUUCACUAGGGUUCGUUCCGUGGACCUCAGUCUACUGGCAGAUACAAAGUGCUUUGAAAGUAUCUUAUGGUCUUCUGUCUUGAUCUCAGUGUGAUCUGAUGGCGCCCCUGAUCUUCUUCUAACGCGGUCUUCAAUAACAGCACCCGCUUCUUUCUCUUUUUGUAUUCCUUCAAGGGAAAACAAAGUCGCCUGCAUUCUGCGCUUUGAUCUACGUUGGGAGUUGGGGGAGCGAGAAGGAUAGAUGCCGCCUCGCCUCUCUUCUCUUUCCUCCGCAGUUUCCCUGUAAGCGAGAGAAGGUGCAUCUCACAUCUCAGGGAACUAAACGAGAUAUGUCGAUCUUCUGUACUAGCUUUGGUCUGCUGUAUUAGCACUAAUGUGUUUUUAAGAUUAUAACAUAAGCAAACACGUUUUUAUUGAAAUUGUUUUAUAGGGUAUAAUUACUGUUAAACUACUUAGCUGACAAGUGAAAAGCUCUUAGGCGAUUUCGCUUACUUUUAAAUUGCGAUAGCUAUGCAUGCAGUCGAAACCUGUACUGAGCGACACCUCUGUUACGGGUCAACUUUGUUAACAGUACUGAGUACUUCGAUACCCUACACAUUCAUGAGAGUUCUUACAUAAUUAUUUUGAGCGUUUGUUGGCAUCCUUCUCUGGAACCUGCAGUGUUUCUGUUGGCCAUUGCAGUUAUCUUUUUCCUGUUAUCAAAUAACGAAAUAAAGUUUAGCAUC